AUGGCAUUGUUAGCCACUAAUGCCACCACAAUUAUACCCACUGCCCCCUUUAUCCCUGUUGAGUUAUCUGAUAUUCCUGAAGCAUUGUGGGCCUCGGCGUCCACUGAAACUGGACUUUUAAAGUCAGCAGAACCGGUUUAUAUCACUUACCAUACAGACGUCCCUCUGCCCCGAAAAAUGCAAUAUCCACUGCCUAAAGAGGCCAUAGAGGGCAUUCAGCCAGUCCUUCAACAGCUUUUAACUCAAGGAAUCAUUAAAGAGGCUACCAGCCCUUGCAAUACACCUAUUCUUCCUGUUAAAAAACCCAAGCCUGGCCCCGAUGGCAAACCGGUUUACCGCUUCGUGCAUGACCUCCGACUGAUUAAUGCGAUUGUGAUCCCGAGAGCUCCGGUUGUUCCCAAUCCAGCAACUAUUUUAACUGCUAUUCCCCCAGGAGCUACUUAUUUUACUGUGAUUGAUCUGUAUUCAGCAUUUUUCAGCAUCCCUGUGCACCCAGACUCACAGUUCCUAUUUGCCUUUACCUUUGACGGACGUCAAUACAUAUGGACCCGCCUCCCUCAGGGCUACAGGGAGAGCCCUACCAUCUUCAGCCAGUAUUUAAGGCAAGAUCUGGACUCUAUUUCGUUGACUAUGGGUUCUACUUUGAUUCAAUACGUUGAUGAUCUGUUAUUGUGCUCUACAGCCAAGACUGCCUGCGUACAAGACACUCGAAUUCUUCUUUUUGCAUUGGCCGAAAAAGGUCACAAGGUGGCACUCUCCAAGCUACAGUUUGCCCAACCCGAGGUGGAAUAUUUAGGGCAUCGUAUUUCAUAUGCCUCUACUGCACUUACUCAGGACAGGAUUGAAAGCGUUCUGAGGAUGCCGAGGCCUACCACUAAAAAACAACUCCACCAGUUACUGGGAGCAAGUGGCUAUUGGAUUCCGGCUUAUGUGGAGUUAGUGCACCCCCUCACCGAUUUGCUGUUGGAUUCUGUUCCCGAACCCCUGCCAUGGACGACUCUACACAACAACGCCCUUACAGCCCUCAAACAAGCAUUAGCUUCUGCACCAGCCCUGGGCAGACCGGAUUACGCAAAGCCUUUCAACUUGUUUUGCCAUGAACAAUCUGGCACGGCGUCAGGUGUGCUAACUCAGCCCUUUGGGCCUGGCCAGCGACCGGUGGCUUAUUUUUCAGUCCUUCUUGACCCAGUGGCUCAGGGUCUUCCGCCCUGUCUCUGCGCUGUUGCGGCUGCCGCUGUAUUAGUUGAGAAAGCUUCGGGACUUACCUUGGGCCACCCUCUUCUAGUUCAGGUGCCUCACGCCGCUGCAGCGCUUCUUAAUCGUGGAUCCACUCAGCACCUCACAGCAGCCAGAUUGACCAGGUACGAGUUAGCCUUGCUCCCCAAUCAGGCUGUUACCCUACGCUGCUGCGAAGUCCUGAAUCCUGCAACCCUUUUGCCUCUGCCUGAGGACAGGGAACCUCAUAAUUGCCUCCACUUGGUGGAUUUGAUCUCCACGCCUCGUCCUGACCUCUCCGAUAUUCCAUUGCAGAAUCCAGACCUCCAAUUGUUUUGUGACGGCUCCGCCUGUCGGGACGAGUUUGGAGCCUUACGAGUUGGCUAUGCAAUCGUUACCCUGAUGACAACGCUUGAAGCUCAUGCCUUACCUACUCAAAAGUCAGCGCAAGCAGCCGAACUCGUGGCGCUUGUUAGGGCCUGUCAAUUAGCUGAAAACAGAACUGUGGCCAUCUAUACUGACUCCAAAUAUGCCUUUUCAGUAUGCCACUCUACUGGACAACUUUGGAAACAUCGUGGGUUCCUUACCUCCAGUGGCUCUCAGAUCUCCCAUGUUGCCUUGAUUUCGGCCUUGUUAGAGGCUAUUCAACUUCCUGCAGCUGUUUCAGUUACACACUGUAAGGGCCACUCCCGCGCCUCGGAUGAGGUUUCCAAGGGAAAUGCUGCAGCCGAUUCAGCAGCCCGUCAUGCUGCCCUCUGUGGGGCUCCAGCCCCUUUUCCUUUUUUGGCACCCCUGCUACUGCAACCAGUGACGCCAGCCGUUUUGCUCUCUGCCCAGCAGACGACGCCCCCGGCCGAAGUGAGCCAUUGGAAAUCCAUUGGAUGCCACCUAAAUAAGGACAACCUCUAUGUCAGCCCGGACGGUCGUCCAGUUCUCCCAAGACAACUCCUCCCUCAGGUUUCCCAGGCACUCCACCUGGCCUCGCACCUGGGAAAGGGGAGAUUAGUGGCUCAAAUGGAGAAGUUGUUUUUUGCUCCGGGGGUCCAUGCAGCUGCGAAGACCGUCACUGCACAGUGUGAAUUGUAG